AUGAAGAUUUACCCAUUUGGCCUGGCCUUUGCUGUGGCCUCUUUCGCCCAGAACCCGACGGGCACCGCCGAAGUAGCCGAAAGUGUGCAGGUCACUGCUAUCGAGACAUCUGCUACCCCUGCCAUCUCUAAUCUUCCCGAAGAUGCGUUUCCCAUCCCUGGCCCUGGUCCGGUGAUAGUCACCAAUGUGGCCUCGACGGAACUGGUGACAACUGCUACAGAAUCAGCAGUUCCAGCUACCACUCAGCCUGAAGUGCCAGAAGUGUCAGCCAAGCCACAGUAUGAAGAUCUUUUCACCAUCAGAAUCGAUCGUGAUCACAAGAGACUCGUGACGGAGGACGAGAUGUGGCAUUACAAAGAAACCGGAAAAUCUUACAUGGAUAUCACCAACGUCCAAAGUCUUGAUAGCAUGUCUUCACCAGCACAAGAAGAGCGAAAAGUCACGCCGUUUGCUACAAAGGUCUCGCAUAUUCGGAUCGUCGAGAAGAUGGCUCGUUAUCUCAGCAAGGGUGUCAUGCAGACCAAUAUCGAUGUCCUUUCUUCAUUCUACAACCGAUACUACAACUCUGAGCAUGGCCAAAGGUCCUCAGAGUGGCUACUUACUCAGGUUGACCGCAUUGUCCAGGCGAGCGGUGCUGACAACAUCACGGUCAAGCCUGUUCCCCACAAGUUUCUGCAGAAGAGCAUUAUUGUCAUCAUUCCAGGCAUGACGGACCGGAAAAUCAUCCUGGGUGCUCACCAAGACUCGAUCAACAUGACCGACAGGAGGGGUGGCAGAGCCCCUGGAGCCGACGACAAUGCUUCUGGAACUGCUGUCCUUCUCGAGGCUCUUCGAGCACUGCUCACCAACAAUGUCAUCACAACUGGAGAUGCACCCAACACUAUCGAGUUUCAUUGGUACGCCGGGGAGGAGGCUGGGUUGCUUGGAAGUCUUGACAUUUUCAGGGAUUAUUUUGACGUCCACGAGGACGUCAAGGCAAUGCUCAACUUUGACAUGAUCGGGUUUAAUCAAAAGAAGAGUGACAAAGACACGUCUUCUAUCAUUGGUGUCGGCGAGGACUACAUCGUCACCGAUCCUUUUCUGUCUGAAUAUGUCAAGAUGCUCAUCUCCAAUUACACCAGUGCAACCGCAUCAUCAGUCCGUUGUGGAUUUGCAUGCUCAGACCAUGCUUCGGCUGCCCUGGCUGGCUAUCCUGCUGCCUUUGUUUCCAAGAGCUCACUUGAAGGGGCCAACCCAUCCAUUCAUAAGGCACUUGACACCAUGACCACAGUGGACAUGGAAAGCGUCCUUGAGCAUGCUCGACUUGCCUUGGCAUUUGCCUACGAGAUGGGGAUGCAUGACUUCGACACGGAGCAAGUUGGCCAGGCCGCCAGUAGACAAGAGUCGGAUCCUGCACCUGAGAAACAAACAGAUCCUGAGCCUUCGACGGAAGCCGAACCUGAGUCUCAGUCAGACUCCGAGCUAGUCUCGACACUAGAUGAAGAGUCCAAUUCUUCCUCGGAGACCGAUUCUGACUUUUGA